GCACACACCCAUCCAGCCGCCCGCUCCUCCUACCCCCGCACCCUCGUGCCGUGCCGCCGCGCUGCCUUUCCUCCCCGCGUCCCUUUCGUCCCGCACCUUGUCGGAGACCGACGCGCCCCCCCUCCGCUCCCUCCCCUCCUCCCCUUCGCCCUCCACGGGUCGGCGUCGCCUCCACCUCCACCACUACUCGUGUGCGCCUCACCCCCGCCCAGUCCGCCUCACCUCACUCCGGCCCCCAGCAGCGCGCCCUGCUCUUCCUUGCGGAGGCGGCAACCGGGCAGGCGCCCAGAGCGACCCGGCGCACCUGCUCCCACUCCCGCCGCGCCACCAGAAAAGUAGCCGUUGCGGCGUCGCGUCGGCGGGCGUCUAUACCGCGCGCCGGGGCUGCAUGAGGAGGGCUCCCGCCGCGGCCGCGCGGACCCGGUGAGCUGAGCAGGAGGAGGCGAUGCCGCUGGUCAGGUUCGAGGUGCGGAAUGAGGUGGGGCUCGGGGACCCCGACCUCUACGGCGGCGGCGGCGGAGGAGGAGGCGGGGUAGGAGGAGCUGCCGUCGGGACCGGAGCGGCGGGGAAGAGGGGAGCGGCCGCCGCCGGGGAGGAGGAGCCCAAGGCGCUGCUCGAGGGCGUCGCCGUCGCGGGGCUCGUCGGGAUCCUGCGCCAGCUCGGAGAUCUCGCGGAAUUUGCAGCUGAUGUUUUCCAUGACCUACACGAGCAAGUUAUCGCUACAUCUGCUAGGGGGCGUAAGGUGCUAACUCGAGUACAGAACAUUGAAGCAGCACUUCCAUCUCUUGAAAAAGCUGUGAAGAAUCAGAAGAGCCACAUACAUUUUGCCUAUGUACCGGGCUCUGAUUGGCACACUCAGCUUCAAAAUGAGCAAAAUCACCUGCUAUCCAGUGACCUGCCUCGUUUUAUGAUGGACUCCUAUGAAGAAUGCCGAGAUCCACCACGUCUUUACCUUCUUGAUAAAUUCGAUAAUGCUGGUGCUGGGGCCUGUUUAAAGAGAUACUCUGAUCCGUCCUAUUUCAAGAAAGCAUGGGAUAUGAUGAGAGCAGACAAGACUACUAAUCACCAAAGAGAAAAGAGAUCUCAGAAAAUCAAGAGAAAAGGAUCGCGACUAAGGGAGCCAUAUCAUGGACAAGCCACAUCCAGGCAUAGGAGUGGUGAAUUGCAGCGAUCACUUACUGCUGGCCAACCUGUUAACAGGCCGUUUGCAUCUCCCAGCACCGAUGGUCAGAGUUUCUCAGAGCAUAGAUCUACACCUGAUGCAAGAUGUAAUCCUGAGAAUAUAAGCAGAUCUUCUUCUUUUAGUUCAAAGACACGGCUGAGUUCAGUAGACCAAGCUUUAGAUACAAAACCUUCCACUGUUCCUCAUGAAAAUGGUCAUGGAAAGUCAUCAAAUACUAAGCUGCACAAGCCCAGCGACUUGCCUUUGCGCAUACAACAUAGCAGUACCAGUGUGGAUGAUGCAGGUGAUGAUUUGAAGCAAGGUUCCCUGCCAGAUGAUGUGGUUGCUAGAUCGCCUUAUGUUAAAUGGGAUGAAAAGGCUGCAAUUAUCAUGUCUACUAGUUCUGUCUACUGUGAUGAUGUUGUUAUGGAUAAGGCUGAAGAUGCAGAGCCUACUUGCAUUAGCUCUGCGCAGAAAGAAAUUGACCAUAAGGGGAUGGAUACUUUGGAGCAGCAAGAUGCCUUACUUAAAAAGACAAAAUCACCAUUGGUCUUGAACCACCAUGAUGAAAUUCCAGGUGAAACAGACAACUACAUGGAUGCACUUAACACACUGGAGUCUGAGACAGAAACUGAAGCUGAAUCUCAAACUAAAAAUCAAGUGAUGCCAUUACCUUCCUUUAAUGCUGAAGCACCUCAAGUGGGGGCAACUGAUGACAUUGUUUCACAGCAUCCUGAUUCCUCUGUUGCCGAUUUUACUGACACAUGUCAAGAUUCUAAUAUUUCUUGCACUUCUGAAAGAGCAGUUGAUUUCCCCCACUUGUCAAAUGCAGAUUCUCCUGAGAUUUCGCAGCUAGAGUUUUCAGAAUAUACAUCUGUAACUACGUAUAAAGAGUCAUCUGUUGUCACUAAAAUCCAUGAGAGUAGCAUGGAGGGUGCUUGUGGAGAUCCUUAUGAAAUUUCAGAGCCGGAACUGCAAGUCCAUACAGCCAUACCUCCCAAUGGAAGAUCCCCUGUUCACAAUCAAAUACCUGAGAGUAAGGCAGAAGAUGGUCUUGGAGACACUCCUGAGAUUCCAGAACCAGAGGUCACCUAUAUGGUUAUUCCGUCCAAUGAAGAGUCUGCUGUUGCCAACCAAAACCUUGAAAGCAACGUAGAAAAUACUGGUGAUUUUACUGAUGAUGCCACUGAUGAUGUUGUAUCCGGACCUACCAUUUCCAACGUGGUGAUUGAUGAGGAAGCUUUCGAGAUGGCACCUGCUGCUAAAAGCUCACCUGGUGAUAUUGCCAAUGAAUCAUGGGUUGUUUCUGAAAGUAGGUCUCAGGAUUAUCCCGGAGAGAAGCAUGAGGAACUAGGUGAUUGUGGUGUGUCUGAAGUGUCUCAGUCAUGGAGUGAGCCUCGUAAUGAACCAUCAGAGAAUAGGUCUGCAACUCAAGAUGUUCCUACAAAUACCUCUACUACAUCUACUGGUGCAAGUGAAGUGUCUAAUUCACAGGGUGAGCCUCUUAAGGAACCAUUGGAGAACAGAUUUGCAACCCAAGGUAUUCCUACAAAUACAUCUACUGCAUCUACUGUAGUACCGUCUGUUAAACUCUGGACAAAUGCCGGGCUCUUUGGACUUGAACCAUCUAAACCUCCAGUAUUUGGUGCCCAAGAUACUCCAAGGGAGGAUACUCCACCUGGUUUUGAAGUACCUCAACCAAGCCAUUCAACUGAAUUCACAGAACUACAUUGUUCAAAGCCUAUUGAAUCAGCAGUUGUAGAUGUUCCGAAUGGAAACACAUCAAUUACCAGCAGCUUCGUGGGAAAGCUUGUUGGCAUCCGUCCUGGUUCUACAAACCUCAACGGCACAGGGGCAAAUCAAUCAGCGGCCAGAAUACCUGACCAAGUUCAUAGUCGAACUGAUGGGCCCUCAGAUUUUUCCUCCUCAUCCUUCGAGCAUAAUAAUAUGAUUGGCAAGCAGACUUCAAUAAGUGAGCUUCUAGAAUCUGAAGAAAGUGCUGAAAAUUGCACUGAAAUGUACUCAACCAACAUGAGAAAUGACAUGCAUAUGGUGUCUGCAUCAAGCUUUUCAAGUAUUGCACAAAGAUUUCUUGCUAAUACACUUCAGAGAAGAACUUCUCCCAAAUAUACCGAUCUUCCUAUGUCAUCUGAGAGACCAAAUGCUGAUGCAAGUGUGAAUGAUGAAUCUACCCUAAAUCCUAUUGCAGAACCAAGUGGAACAGUAUUCACGGAUGAAUCUCAGUUUGAGAACAGAUCAGAAAAUGGAAUGAAUGGAUUGUCCAAAUCAUCAAUCUUUUCCAGCCGUCAAUACUCUGAGAAAUCGUCUCCGCCACUUGAGUAUAUGAAAAUAUCUUUUCACCCCAUGAGUGCAUUUGAGAUGUCAAAACUGAACCUAGAUUUCUGUGAUGGCAAUCUUCAUGAGAACUCUGAUGAUAUGAUGUUACCAACAUUUCAGUUGCUGUCAGAGUCUUCCAUUCCACAGCCAGGCAGUGGUUCUGAGUCUGAAGAUGACACUUUUGGUAGGUCAUACAGUUAUUCUUCAUACGAUGAUCUAAGUCCACGUUUAUAUUCAAAUUCUGAGGUGUGGGAUCAAGAAGACGGAGUUGGACUGGAGGAACAUGAAUUGUAUGGCGAUUCUAAUCAGAUAGGAUCCUCGACAGUACCUUUAUCUAGCUACGCGGGAUUUGAGCAAAUGAACUUGUCUGGUGUGAAGUCAACUAUUUCACUUGCAGAUAUUGGGGAUCAGAAUGGACUAGGCACAUUAGAAUCCCAUUCUGUUGAAGAACUUCCAAACUUUGAUACAUUAAUGUCCAGAAACGACGAUCAAAACGAUGAAGCCUCCAUUCCACACAAUCCACUGAAUUUACCACCAGCUGAAGAUCAGUUGCCACCACCACCUCCUCUUCCCCCAAUGCAGUGGAGGAUGACGAGACAAACAACUCCACUAGAAGAGGAAAGAGGCAUUACAGCUAAAGAUAUGUUUAGGAAAUCUUCAUGCCUACCACAUGUGCACACCUCUGCCCAGGAAGAACAUCCUCUUCCAGCUGCACUACAGGAUCCACAAGGGCAUGCUAAGGAAGUGGAUGUCCAGAAAACUGAUGGUGUAAAAGAAAUCAUUAAUCCUUCUAGUAUCAUUGAUAUCAAAUCAAGUUUGCUUCAGCAGAUCAGGGAUAAGUCAGAGCAGCUGAAGCCUAAUGGACAUGAAAGGUCAAAAACAGUAGGCAGUGACAUUAAAAGCUUGGACGAAAGGGAGGAGUUGCUUCAACAAAUCCGGAGCAAGACCUUCAAUUUAAGACGGACAAAUGCAUCUAAGACAGACACCUCAUCACAAUCAACAGCCAAUUCCAACGUUGUGGCAAUUUUGGAGAAGGCAAAUGCUAUUCGACAGGCUGUAGCCAGUGAUGAGGGAGGUGAUGAUGAUAACUGGAGUGAUAUAUACUCGUAUGAUCUUUUCCUGCCGGGAACACUACGCGUGCAGGUGUUUUGUACGGUGCGAGGCGGCGCCAUGGUUUCCCUCCGUCUCGCACCCUUCACCCUCCUCGUGGAGCUCCCGGCGAGCCGGAGGAGGCUCAAGCUCGCGCGGUGCACCGUCCGCAGGGCUCGGAGCGAGUCGGCGUCCGCGGCGGCCAAGGCGGUGGCGGGAGCGGCCAGUGCCAGCAGCGGUGCCGAGGAGCGGCGGCCCGUCGACGCCCACCCCGGGCGGCAGAGCGCGCCGGAGAAGGUGCCCGCGGACGACCGCCUGGUGGGCUACGAGACUCUCCUCGUCGCGCGGUUCCUGGACAUCCUCCAGGGCCUGCACGGCGGCGACUUCAGACAAGUGGUCGAGGAGUGCCUGAGGCUCUCCGGCGAGUACCACGUCGGCGGCGACCCGGCGCGGCUUGACGAGCUGGGCGCGCUCCUGACGAGCCUGGACGUGGGCGACGCCAUCAUGGUGGCGAGCUCAUUCUCGCACAUGCUCAACCUGGCCAACAUCGCCGAGGAGGUCCAGAUGGCGUACCGAAAGAAGGCGGAGACGGACCGGCGCGGCGGCGGCUUCGCUGACGAGGCCUCCGCGUCUACCGAGUCCGACAUCGACGAGACGCUCCAGCGCCUGGUGGUCGGCCUCGGCAAGACGCCCCGGGAGGUGUUCGACGCGCUCAGGGGCCAGACCAUCGACAUCGUCCUCACCGCGCACCCCACCCAGUCCGUCCGGCGGUCGCUGCUCCAGAAGCACGCGAGGAUUAGGAACUGCCUGACACAGCUCUGCGCCGAGGGCAUCGCGGAGAACGAGCGGCAGGAGAUCGACGAGGCCCUGCAGAGAGAGAUUCUGGCGGCGUUGAGGACGGACGAGAUCCUGCGGGCGCAGCCGAAGCCGCAGGACGAGAUGCGGGCUGGGAUGAGCUACUUCGACGACACCAUCUGGAACGGCGUGCCCAAGUUUCUCCGCCGCGUCGACACGGCGCUCAAGAACAUCGGCAUCGACGAGCGCCUCCCCUACGACGCCCCGCUCAUCCAGUUCUCCUCCUGGAUGGGCGGUGAUCGCGACGGCAAUCCGAGAGUCACACCUGAGGUUACCAGGGACGUAUGCUUGCUGGCCAGGAUGAUGGCUGCCAACAUGUACUUCUCAAAAAUGGCGGAUUUGAUGUUCGAGCUCUCUAUGUGGCGCUGCAACGACGAGCUCCGAGCCCGCGCCGACGAACUGCACCGGCAAUCUUCGCGGGAGUACGCCAAAUACUACAUCGAGUUUUGGAAGCAGAUUUCCCCGCGAGAACCUUACCGGAUCGUGCUCGGCGAUGUGAGGGACAAGCUGUACAACACCUGCGAGCGUGCUCGGCAGAUCUUGUCGCACGGAGUUUCUAACAUCCCGGAAGACAAGACAUUCGUCAAUGUCAAGCAGUUCUUGGAGCCUCUUGAGCUGUGCUACCGGUCACUGUGCGACUGUGGCGACAAGCUGAUCGCCGACGGCAACCUCCUGGACUUCAUGCGGCAGGUCUCCACCUUCGGGCUCUCCCUCGUCAAGCUCGACAUCCGGCAGGAGUCCGAGCGCCACACGGACGCCAUGGACGCGAUCACCACGCACCUUGGCAUCGGCUCCUACCGUGAGUGGCCCGAGGAGCAGCGCCAGGAAUGGCUCGUCUCCGAGCUCCGCGGCAAGCGCCCGCUCUUCGGACCCGACCUGCCGCAGUCCGACGAGGUCGCCGACGUGCUCGGCACGUUCCGGGUCAUCGCCGAGCUCCCCGCCGACAGCUUCGGCGCGUACAUCAUCUCCAUGGCCACCGCGCCGUCGGACGUGCUCGCCGUCGAGCUGCUGCAGCGGGAGUGCGGCAUCAAGAGGCCCCUGAGGGUCGUGCCGCUGUUCGAGAAGCUCGCCGACCUUCAGCAGGGCCCCGCCACCAUGGAGCUCCUGUUCUCCAACGACUGGUACAAGCAGCGGAUCCGCGGCAAGCAGGAGGUCAUGAUCGGGUACUCGGACUCCGGCAAGGACGCCGGCCGGCUGUCCGCGGCGUGGCAGCUGUACAAGGCCCAGGAGGAGAUCGUGGGCGUGGCGGAGCGGCACGGCGUGAAGCUGACCAUCUUCCACGGUCGCGGGGGCACCGUGGGCCGCGGCGGCGGGCCGAGCCACCUGGCCAUCCUGUCGCAGCCGCCCAACACCGUCAACGGCUCGCUCCGCGUGACCGUCCAGGGCGAGGUCAUCGAGAAGUCCUUCGGCGAGGAGAACCUCUGCUUCCGGACGCUGCAGCGGUUCACGGCGGCGACGCUGGAGCACGGCAUGAACCCGCCGGUGUCCCCGAAGCUCGAGUGGCGGCGCCUGCUCGACGACAUGGCGGCGGUGUCGACGGAGGAGUACCGGUCCAUCGUGUUCCGGGAGCCGCGCUUCGUGGAGUACUUCCGCGCGGCGACGCCGGAGUCGGAGUACGGGCGGAUGAACAUCGGCAGCCGGCCGUCGAAGCGGAAGCCCGGCGGCGGCAUCGAGUCCCUGCGUGCCAUCCCGUGGAUUUUCGCGUGGACGCAGACGCGGUUCCACCUCCCCGUGUGGCUGGGCUUCGGCGCCGCAUUCCGGCACGCAGCAGGGAGCCCCGGCGGUCUCGCCACGCUCCGGGAAAUGUACGACGAGUGGCCCUUCUUCCGCGUCACCAUCGACCUCCUGGAGAUGGUGUUCGCCAAGGGCGACCCCGGCAUCGCCGAGCUCUACGACAAGCUCCUGGUCCCCGGCGACCUGCGGCCGUUCGGCGAGCAGCUGCGGGCGAACUACGCGGAGACGCAGAACCUGCUCCUGCAGGUGGCCGGGCACAGGGACCUGCUGGAGAGCGACCCGUACCUGCAGCAGCAGCUGAUGCUGCGGGACUCGUACAUCACGGCGCUCAACGCGUGCCAGGCGUACACGCUGAAGCGGAUCCGGGACGGCGGGUUCAAGCCGGCGGCGAGGGGCGCGCCGCUGUCCAAGGAGCUGCUGGGGUCGACGGCGGAGGAGCUCGUGAAGCUGAACCCCAGCAGCGAGUACGACCCCGGGCUGGAGGACACGCUCAUCCUCACCAUGAAGGGCAUCGCUGCCGGCAUGCAGAACACCGGCUGACGGCCCAGCUGCGUCGCCCGUUCCUGUAGGAGCGUGUGCCGGCCCGCUUGCAAGCUUUUCUGAAUAAAAAGGAUGACGAAGGAGCUGUUUGGAUGGCUUAAAACUAAAAAUUAGUCCUAACUAAAGUUUAGAAGACUUUAGUUGGCUAAAAUUAUUUGUGUUUGGAGCUGGAGCUAAUUUUUAACCUAUCUAUCGAUAAAAGUCCAUUAUACCCUUAGGGGGUGUAGGAGAAAACGUGGUAAGAUUUUAGCGGAGGGUAUUUUUGAUCUUUUGCCAUUUAUGUCUAAAAUUAGCCCCCAUUAGCUGGGUUUGGAGGGCUAAUGAACUAAAGUUUAGUUAGAAGGUUGGAUAAGGCCACCUUUAGCCCCACUGUUUGUAUCAUCAAGGGCUAAUUUUUAGCUGAUAAAGUUUGUCAGGGAUA